AUGUUUCUCCAUGCAUCUCAUGCAGCAGCAGCAGGAUACAAAGCCGUCAUUAUUACAUCAGAAGAUACAGACGUUUUUGUUCUCUCUUUGGCUUUUACAGGUUUCAUACCAUGUUCUGUGUUUGUUAAAUGUGGCCAAGACUCGAACAACACACAUCGAUGUGUCAAGUGUUGUUCGGAUGUUGGACCCAGAACUAUGAAGAUCUCUCCAAGGUCUCCAUGCCUUCCAUGGCUGCGACAGAGUCAGUGCUUUCUCUGGAAAGAGGUAUUAGCUUUGAAGAUGGCGAGACAAAGCAAGUCCUUCCAAACUUUUUUUCAGGAAAUAGGUACAGAGUGGAACAUCACAUUAUCAUAAUCGUUAUCAUUAUUAUUAUAAAUAUGGCAGUAACUCAUCCUUAAUUAUUAUGAAUUCUUCAACGCCUUUGCACUCUUACAUAGUUAUUCUGUGCGAACAAGGGAAAAUUGACCCGCAACAGCUACCUCCCUGUGCUGAUUCUUUAAGGACGCACUCUUUGAGGGCAAACUACCAAGCAUUUAGUUUGAGAAGAAGUCUCCAGAGCUGCCCUCAAGUCUCUUCACCUAUUGGUCACAGAUGAGUUUAAGAGGACAAGUUAUUCGUCAAGUUAUUCGUCAAAUGGAUAAGUAGUGAACCAGCUCCUGCAGCUUUUUUUGAGUUUCUCUCCCGUUCCUGUGCAAGAUCAUGCAAGCUACCCACCUGUAUGUGCCUUACAAAUGGCCUUAAAUGCACUGACAUGUGCCGGCUUCGUGACUGCAACAAUCGUGUUGAAGAGGAGGAGUUACCUGACGACGAGGUGGAUGAGAAAGAUUACCAUACUACGAAAAAACAAUUCAUCACACUAGAACAUAUUGCAGUUGAAAAAUUGUGA